CAUCGGAACAAAUGCCGCUGACUGGUUCGUUCUUGGGGACUUUAGAUAAAAGCUGGGAGGUGUUCUCAGCUCCGGCGGGACGAGAGGGUUCUUUCGGUUUAAUUAAUUGCCUCUGCGUACACGAGAGAGGCUACUAGUUCAGGGCUGACAUCAGUCAAUUUCUGCCCUUAGAUAUUCGGUCUAAGUAAGUCAGCGAUUCGCUGGUUGCUCAACAGGGCCCAGAACUGCCUUAAUGUGAGUCAAGGGCACAGCUAGCCUUUCAUUUUGGUCUGAUUACUUUUUAAAGUCAUAAAGCAAAGAGUCCUAUUCGGCACCUUGUCCUUCAAGGGGUCCAGGUACCGGUUUUCCUGUUCUCACGCGGAGGGGCACGCUCGGACCUGGCUGCACACCCCGAACUGCUGCAUCGCAGCUCUGUUUAUCUUGGACUUUUAUCAAGGAGGGCGGGGAGGAAAAUUCUGCGCGGAGGCUGAGCUGUCAGGCACAGCCCCCUGGCCUUUCUCCUAGCCAAACAGCUCUGAUAAGUGGGCAGGCCUUGAGCCCGGAGACCCACAGACACACUUGGAUGACUUUACGGAAAUCAGUUGGCCAGUCCCUCCGAGGGCUUGGACCCGCUUCGGAUGCGCCGCUUGCCAGUGCCGCAGACAUGGCCAACGAGACCAACGCCUCCAGCGCGUACGACGGCUACGAGUACUACCUGGAUUACCUGGACCUCAUUCCCGUUGAUGAGAGGAAGCUGAAAGCCAACAAAUAUUUCAUCGUCAUCACCUUCUGGGUGAGCCUGGCGUCCUUCGUCAUGCUUCUCUUCCUCAUCCUGCUCUACAUGUCCUGGUCGGGCUCCUCACAGGGGAGGAACAACACCCAGCACCACACAACAUGCCCCUGGAGUCACAGCCUCCACCUCCCGCUCUGCAUCCGGGGGCAGCCCCCCGGCUCCACGGAGCUCGGCCGGAGCCCCAGGCGGCCGAGCAUGCAGCCCUGAGCGGCAGCAGCGGCCACGAGCCCCUGCACCUGCCCCACUCGGCCCCCCGCACCCACCCUGCUCUCCUCCCAGAACUGGCCUUCGACGGGGACCCCCACAGCAUCAGCUGAUGUCGGGAACAAGUGGGGUGAGCCUCCCCCUGAAGAUAGAACCUCUCAACUGUAGAAGCGACACCAGCAAAUCGGUGAACUCAGCCUGAAUGCACGGCUGCCUUCGGAAAGCCUACUUACGUGCAGCCGGAAGUGCAGGCCAGGAUGUACUUGAUGAGGGGACACAAGUACGCGUGACCCAGGGCUCAGAGUACCCCGCCUAGCACAGGGAAGCAGCCCCAGAGAGUGCGGAUUUCCAGUGCAUUUUACCUGCAA